CUGCUUCUUUCUCUGGCCCCCCAGAGAGGUGGAGAAGAGCGGGUGUUUGAGAAAGAAGACGAAGACGAUGAUGAAGACGAGGAGGAGGAGGAGGACAAUAUAUCAGAGGGCUCAGAAGUGCCUGAGAGUGACCGCCCCGCAGGUGCUCAGCACCACCAGAUUAAUGGAGAGCGGGCCCCUCAGAAUGCGAAGGAAAGGGUCAAGGAGUGGUCGCCCUGUGGACCCUACCAGGGCCAGGAUGAAGGGCGGGGACCAGCACCUGGCAGCUGCACACGCCAGGUGUUCUCGAUGACAGCUAUGAAUAAAGAAGGGGGGUCAGCCUGUGUUACGGCUGCUCCAGAUUCGCCAUCUCCUGUGCCUUUGCCCCCAGGAAAACCAGCCCUGCCUGGGUCUGAUGGGACACCUUUUGGCUGUCCUCCUGGACGCAAAGAGAAGCCAACCGACCCAGUGGAGUGGACAGUCAUGGAUGUGGUGGAAUACUUCACUGAGGCAGGCUUCCCGGAGCAGGCCACUGCUUUUCAGGAGCAGGAAAUUGAUGGCAAGUCUUUGUUGCUCAUGCAACGGACAGAUGUGCUGACUGGCCUGUCCAUCCGCCUGGGCCCAGCCCUGAAGAUCUACGAGCACCACAUUAAGGUGCUCCAGCAAGGCCACUUUGAGGAGGAUGACCCUGAUGGCUUCCUCGGCUGAGUGCCAGCCUUGCCCCUACCCCAGCCAGUCCAGAUCGCAUCACAGCGCCCUGACAGCCCAGGAACUGGACACGGGACACCCUUGACUCUCCUAACAGACUCCAGUGAGGGGGUACCCUCCUCCAUUUUCCCCUUUUCUCACACCCCUACCUUACUACAUCCCCUCUCCACAGCCAUGGAGUGUGGGGUAGGAGGACUUGGUUGGCCCAUUCACAGGGGCCAUCUUUUCUCCCCAAACCAGGA